UUUCGCGGUACACUCCGUACAGAGCAAUUCGAAAGUGCGGUCGAAAUUUCUAUUGAAACGAUUGAUACGCCGCCGCAGUGGAAUUAAAACAUUGUAUUAAAUAUUUGGAACUGGGAAAAUGGAAGUAUUAAAACAAACAUAUACGUACAAACUCGAACGGCACUUCCUUGUAAAAUUGUUAUUUAUCUUGAGUGCGACAGCACUGGUUUACGGGCAGAAUGAUGGUUUUUCCGAGAACGUGGAUGACAACGUUUACUCAUGGUAUAUUUUGGAUGUAACGCGAAUAUUACAAAAGGCCAAAAGUAAUAUUAUUAUUUCACCAAGCAAUAUAAAAGCACUACUGAAAACACCUCCGCUCGUGGAUUUACGUUUUGGAAACGAUGAAAUAAUGUUAGGACAAAACGUAAUUUUCGCAGAAUCAAAGGAAAUUUUAAUUAGACCGGAAAAUUUAGAAUUGUUUUAUGAUUGCAAAAUUCAAGAGGCAUCUUUCACUGAUAAAAAUCAGCUAAUUACAACUAUUAACAAUUGGACUAAGAGCACAACGGAUGAAAAUAUGCUUAAAUUAAUUGAAUCGAACUUAGAAAGAACUGACUUGCAAGUAUUAAUUUUAAAUAUGCUCAAUUUUAAGGAGACUUUACAUAUGAAUUUCAAGUUUACACUAAAUGUUACAUUUCAUGAAAGACCGGACAGCACAAUCAUAUUACCGGCUGUAGAAACAACUGAAUAUUUGAGGUAUCUUGACUCGCAAAUUUUGGAUGCCAAAAUAUUAGAAUUACCUUAUAGUAAUGGUUAUUUUAUGUAUAUUCUUCUACCGCAUACCAAACAAGGUGUUAACGAAAUGAUCAAUAAUCUCGGCUACGAACAGCUUAAGCGUAUCCAAUGGAUGAUGGAAGAACGGCGUGUGAAUGUAGUAAUGCCCACAUUUAAAUAUCACUUCAUGACAAACAUGAGAGAGCAUAUUCAAAAGAACUCUGCACAUCGGUUUGAUAUUGAUUUUAAACCUACAUUUGGCGUUGAAACGGAGAAAGUAAAUAUUUUGCAAACAACAUCCGUUCAGUUCAAUGGAAGCGGAAAAGCUCGAGUGGAAGACUACAAAAAAACUCGAGCAAUUAAAUAUGAAAGGUUUCAUGUAGAUCGACCUUUUGCUUUUUAUAUUGAAGAAAAGAACACAGGUCGGAUUGUAUGUAUAGGCAAAGUUUUAAAUCCAAUGCUUUAAGAGCAGAUUCUCAUUUAUAUGUUCUUAUGUACCAUAUAUAUAAUGAUAUGUAUGUAUAUAUACAUAAACAUUUGUAUUAUAGACGAAGAAGUCAAAUGCAAAAUAAAUUUUAUAAAAUAAUACGUAACAAA